AUGCAGAGUACACUAGCAGGUCAGCACGAGCUUCACGAAAAAGGUGUUCAAACCGACCCGCUCGAUACCGAACCUCUCACGUCUGAGAUCUUCGACGUGGUGGUUGUAGACCUACGGAAGACUGACACGUUCACGACGCUCGUGAGCCUGAACCUCACUGUUAAGAGGGACGAAGUGUAUCCGUGCUUCUUGUUGGGGGUACAAAGUCUUCUUAACGCCCUACAAUCUUCUGGCUCUGCUAUUGCCGGGCCUGCGCGUCUCGCUUUGGACCGGCGUCGAGAUCCUGAGUGGUCAUACCCCAUCUACGAGAUAUUCGCUCAGUUUGGUCCGGACGGGGAAUCGGCCAUGUUUCUAGCGGCCGUUGUUCUCGAGAACAAGCAGCCCCUCAUUUAUGUCUUAGAGCCCGCGUCCCUGGAAUGGUCAUCGGGUAGCCAGUCGAAGUCUCCUACGGACCAAAGCAGGUCGAGAGCGACACACCCACCAAUCAUUGUGGAGAGCCAGCCUGUCACUGAUGUCAAGGCUCAUAUUGAAAACGAGCGUUCGGCCUCGCCCGUCUCCUACAGGGACUCCCCUCCUCCCUUCGUCUCGCCGGAUCCUGCACCUGCUGAGCCUGAGGACAUUGCUCCGCAAUCAGACCUGUGGCGAGCUCCGUUCCUGUCAGAUGCUGCGGCUGCCCAGUCUGAGGUCGCGCGUGAGGAGCCCGCACCCACGCUGACCGUCGGCCUCCCGGAGGCUGCCCAGUCUGAGGCUAUGCGCGAGGAGCCCACGCUGAUCGCCAGCCUCCCGGAGGCUGCCCAGAGUUCUCAACCAGAGAUCACGAGGUCACCUCUUCUGGCAGAGGACGUCCCCCGCUUGGACAAGCAUACACCGGAGCAGCAUUCGGCUGCAAUUACCACUAAAAUCAUUGAGCUCACUACUAGUGCUCAACCUCAGUUGAGAAUGCAGUGGAGUGCUUUUCAGAGGAACUACAGGCGGCCAUUGACUUUCCAAGGCCAUCUCGAAAGCUACCAGUUCGCCGAUAACUUCAUCAGGUACUGGGCGGGAAAGAAGGUCACAUACACGAUCCAAGGUGAUGACAUGUCACACGAGGACGACGUCCGAAGUACGCAUGCUCAGAAGGCGCUGCGCCGCGCAGAUAGCUGGUUCGUCACAAUGCGCAAGGUCUUGAUAUUGUACGAGCAGGUGAAGGACGUACCCGGGGUCUUGGAGCGUAUACAAAAAGGAGAUAAGGGCUCGGGCGAGCUGCUGCAGUACCUUGAAGCUACCGCGGCGCAGCUCCCCGCCCCGGCGGGCGGGUUGCUAGCGCCGCCGUCGGCGCCUAAUCAAGGGUGA